GAGCCCGCGGCACUGAUGGAACCCCGAUGGAGCCAGCGAGCAUGCGCGGCUGUCCCGAGCAUGCUCAGUGAUGCGCGCGGCGCCCCGGCACCUCCCCCGCAAGCCGCGAGUGACGCGGAGGUCUCCGCCGAGCCUGCAGGAGCCACAGGAAGUAAAGCGGCCCCGUCGGGCCACCGCGGCGGCAGAAACCGAGGCGGAAGGGGCGCUGCGGCUACGACGUCGUCGACCGGGGAGGCCGAGGUUGCUGAGCGACGAGGCGACUUGCCCUCGCGGAAGCCGGAUCCCGAGCCCGGCAGGAUGGAUCAUCACCAGCCGGGGACUGGCCGCUACCAGGUGCUUCACAAUGAAGAGGACAAUUCAGAAUCACCUGCUGUAGAGCAGCCAUCUACUUCAAACUCAACACCACAAGUUGUGCAGAGUGCUCCUUCAGCACCAGCACUUGAAACUGAUACUUCUCCUCCACCUUAUAGUAGUAUUACCGUGGAAGUACCUACAACUUCGGAUACAGAAGUUUACAGUGAGUUUUACCCAGUGCCACCUCCGUACAGUGUUGCUACCUCUCUUCCUACGUACGAUGAAGCUGAGAAGGCUAAAGCUGCCGCAAUGGCAGCUGCAGCAGCAGAAACAUCUCAAAGAAAUCAGGAGGAGGAGUGUCCGCCAAGGGAUGACUUCAGUGACGCAGACCAGCUUAGAGUGGGCAACGACGGGAUUUUCAUGCUGGCAUUUUUUAUGGCAUUUAUAUUCAACUGGCUUGGAUUUUGUUUAUCCUUCUGUAUCACCAAUACUAUAGCCGGAAGGUAUGGUGCUAUCUGUGGAUUUGGCCUUUCAUUGAUCAAAUGGAUCCUUAUUGUGAGGUUUUCUGAUUAUUUUACUGGAUAUUUCAAUGGACAGUAUUGGCUUUGGUGGAUAUUUCUUGUACUUGGCCUUCUCCUUUUCUUCAGAGGCUUUGUUAAUUAUCUAAAAGUCAGAAACAUGUCUGAAAGUAUGGCAGCUGCUCAUAGAACAAGAUAUUUCUUCUUAUUGUAGAGAUUGCAUCAACCCAACAUUCCUUUCUUAUACCAAUGUGAAAUUUCCAGGUCAUCUGUAAAUCUACAACUUUAGUGGAAUAGAAGACUACUAAUAGAAGAAAAAUUACUGAAAAGAUGGGGCUUCAAAAUUAAAUGUCAGGGUGGUUAUGCUUAAAAGCCAUUUCUGUUCUUUAAUUAUUUGUUAUUUGGUUUGCACAUUUGCAUAUGUGCCCAUUUAAAAAAUUUUAAAUAUACUUGAAGAAACUGUAAAGUUGUAGGAGUAAAGUCCAGUAAUAUUUGGCUAAUCAGUGUUAUGAUACAAUUGAAAGAGUUGAGUGAUAAAAGUCUUCCAGCAUGUAAAUGCCAUUGACUUCUGACUUGACUGUAAGUAUAAUAAAAAUGAAAUUAUUAACCAUGUCAAAUGCUUUAGUUUCUGGCUCUUAGGUCCAUCUAGUAAUUCUACACAUGAAAUAUUCUUUGUUAUAUAUAAAAUUUAUUAAAACUGCAGUGCUGAUUGUUUGAAAGGAUUUGUCAAAAUUUUUGAAUACGAUAUUACUUAGGAAAACAUUGUAAAUAACCAUGCAUAAAUUACUUUUUACAUUGUUUUCUUAGAAAUUGUGUCAUUAUCUGCAUUAAUUUUAAAUUAAGUGAACUAAAUACAUAUAGAAAAUUUGAGUGUUAGAGUUCGUUUUAGGACAAAUUUUAAGAAAAUGUGGGUAUACCAAAUGUCCUUUAUAAGAAAAAAAAGAACAUUUUUAAGGGACAUGCUAGUUUUAGGGAUUUUCAAAUGAGAAGCUUGAUUUUUAGGAUUAUCCAUCUUAGAGAUUCUUACAGGAAAAGAUUGUAUUAGAUAUUAUAUUUCAUUUAAGACAGUUUUAAAAAUUAAUUUUCCAAAUAAGAUAUUCUCAUUUGACAUUGUCUCUUAAAAAGCCAAUAAAAUAUCUUUGAGUAUCACUGUAAUAAUUUUUCUUUAGAUGUUUGUUAUGCUUAGCAAAUAAAAUCUUAUUCUAUUAAUAGCUCCUCGCUUUAUGAUUAUAGGAUUAAUUUGUAAAAAAUCAUAAUCUGGACUGAGAUGCGAAAUAACUAUUUUCAAGUUCUAAAAAAUGUGGAAUAUAGGGGUUGGGGUGUGUGUGUGUGUGUGUGUGUGGUGAGAAUGUGAUCAUUAUUACAACUGGAAUCUGCUUUACAUUUGUAAGUACUACAUUUUGCAUCUUGCAAAUCAUUUUUUGUUUCAUCUUUUUUUUCCCCAGUUACACCUUUGCUUUUGAAUGCCAGUAUUACAAAUGAUGGGAAUUGCAUUAUCUUUUAAACUUAAAAAUCAUUUAAUGUAGCUCUAUGGAACAUUUAAAAUUGAUUGUUUAUUAGACACUGCUACUAAAAGUUACACUUAAAUAUUCAGGGAUACUUUCAUUCUUAAAAAAUAAAAUUUAUUAUGCUUUAUAACCUCUUUUGUAUUUCUGUGUAUCUUCUAAUUUUCUCAUUAUCUUUGACAAAUAAAACAUAACAGUUUUGUUUGCUAAUCGAGCCUCCUAUAUUUUAUUUUCCCUCAUUCAUUUUACUCCCUUGUGUAGAAUUUUUAUUGUUGAUUAAAGUACCUGUGUUACACCUCUUGAAGUAAAACAAGAUCAUGGGGUAAAGAAAACAAAAUAUUUAAUUUAGUUGCUUAAUUGGGAAAUUAAUUAAAAUUAGCAUGUACUGAUAACAUAUCCAUGCUCAUGAUGGAUAGCUUCUCUACCUCCUGCUCAUUUCCUAUAGACCUGUACUUUGUUCUUUUAAUAAUUUUUAAAUUGAAAUGAAGCUUUGAUACAUGCUAAUUUUUAAUUCUUAGGAAGCUCAGCUAUCAAACAUCAAUUUAUUAAAAUUUUAAUUUUUAUAGUACUUGGUUUCUGAAGAUAAGUGUGUCACUUUUCAUCAAACAUCAGAACUUUGCUUUUUUUCGCUUUUGCUUUUUUACCCCUAAAUCUGUAAAGUUCACAUGUGUCAGUUACCUACUCUGCUGUGAUUAGUGUAAUUCAAUGGUACCCUUUAAUCUCAUCAUUCAAGCAGAGGCAUCAAAAUGUUAUUUCCAAAAACUUAACAUUCUCUUCCAGAUUUAUCAAAUCCUGUGCAUUUCCUUUCAUUUUCUGUGAGCUUGAACAACUGUUUGCUUGGGAAUGCUUGACCACCUUUGUAGUCUGCCUUAAAGAUUAAAAAUCAAUACUCUUAUUUGGCUGUCUAAACAUUUUUGAAUGAAUGUGAACUGGGACUUGGAAGUUAAUGCAAAAAUGUCUUAAAUUGCUUUCUAUUAUAUUUGAACAAGGUAGUUAUGGCUAGGAUAAUCCAUUUUUAUGUAGCUGUGCAACAAACUAUUUUCAGGCAAAAAUGCUUUUCUAAUAGUAUAUUCAGGAUAGCUAUUAGAAAUUUAAAAUUUAAAUUUAAAUCCUAUUGCACUGUUAAAAUAAAAAUAUCUGCUUAAUUGAAUAAUAUUAAUCUCCAGCCUAGACAUCUUACAUCCCAUUUUAGACAUGCCUUUAAAGUUACUCCUAAAUUUUAACCUUUAAACGAUAAUCUAGCCAGGCAUCAUGGCAUACACCUGUAAUCCCAACACUUGGGAGAUUGAGGCAGGAGGAUUGCUGUGAUUCUGAGGCCAGCCUGUGCUGCAUAGCAAGUUCAAGGCCAGCUUGGAAUACACAGCAAAACCCUCUUUCAAAAAACAAAAAAAAAUUUUUCAAUUAACUCUCAUAACAGGAAAAGUGGAGUUCAGAAUAUCCAAUUGGAGAAAAAUUCAGUUUAAUAUAAUUGUUUUCCAAGUGGUAUUUACUGGCUCAAAAAGCACAAAAAUAAUGAGAGUGAAUCUGAUACUGUACUUAAUGUAAAAUAUGAAACCCUGUGUAUGCUCAAAACAAUUUUCCUGUUUUCUCAACUUUGAAAAGUACCUCUCUCUCAAAAAAGUGUCCCCAUUUGUAGGAUAAGUUAUCCAACCAUCCUGGAUAUAAUUUUCACCAUACUGAAAAGUGACUGUCUGCACUUACUCCCUUUUGAGAGAAGGAACUAGGGUAGGAAUGGGAGCCCAUUACUGUGUUCAUAGUCUUUCCUGGCCACUCAGCCUGUAGAAGAGAUUUAGUAAUUUUUUUUUUUAAAUAGGAGUUGUUUUUUAAUGAUUCCAGCUUAUGGAAAAAUCAUAAAACAAUUUUACAUUUUAAAACUGCUGUUAAAUGUUAUUUUAAUUGUUUAUUUAAUUUGAAUAUUGAUAUGAAAUAUUAGCAUAUUAUUUUUAAAACCUCGUUCUUGAUAAAGUUCAACUGUUAGAUGAUAAUGUGCCAUUAAUUACUGUAGGAAUGCCCUUACCCAUAUAUAAAACAUGCUGGCAGUGUAUUUUAUUUGCUAAUAAAGUUGUAUAGAUGUGGAAAUGUGAA